AGAAGAGUGAAAGGAUAGGGCGGAGGGGGGACCUGCUGCUCAAAACCUCCCCUGAGAUGCAAAGACAGGGCCCGUGUUCGAUGACCUGCUGCAUGUGAAGAGCCAAACAGAACUAGAAAUUGAGAAAUUGAGAAUCUGGCUACAUCUGUCCGUGUAUUAAAAACUGCCACCGUCAUGUUAACGAGAUUAUUCAACGAAACUUCAUUGCUUCCGGACAUGCAGAAGUUCGCAGGCUGGGUGGAUGACAGCGGGAGCGAGGACUCCAAAAACAAGGUCGAAGAACAAGAGCGUUCUCGCCUAGGAGACGAGGAGCUGGGAGAGGGCUAUGUGAAAGACGAUAGCAGUCUGGCUCAGUCGGAUAUUGCAGGGGAGGAGGAUGAUGAGGAUGUCGAUGAAGAUGAUUGUGGCGAUGAGGAGGAUGAAGACAGGCCCAAAAAACGCGGGCCAAAAAAACGCAAGAUGACGCCGGCUAGGUUGGAGCGUUCAAAAGUACGGCGCAACAAAGCGAACGCAAGAGAGCGCACGCGCAUGCACGACCUGAACUCAGCGUUAGACAAUCUACGCAAAGUCGUGCCGUGUUAUUCAAAAACCCAGAAACUCUCUAAAAUUGAAACACUAAGACUGGCAAAAAACUACAUUUGGGCGCUGUCAGAAAUCCUGCGGAACGGGAAAAGACCGGACGUGGUUUCUUAUGUACAGACGCUUUGCAAAGGCCUCUCCCAACCCACGACUAAUCUGGUGGCUGGCUGCCUGCAACUUAACUCGCGGAAUUUUCUAACUGAACAAUGUCAAGAGGGAGCGCGUUUUCACGGACCCAACCCCUCGUUCUCCCUGCACGCGUAUCCAUAUCAAUGCUCCCGUCUAUCUAGCACGCAAUGUCAAUCCGGAUCCAAUGCACACGGCCUGAGAAAUCACCCUUUUUGUACAACCUACGAUGCUGUGUUCACUGGGGGCGCGUCCCCAGAAUACAACAGUCCAGAUUAUGAGGCCCACCACAGUCCUCCGGUGUGUGUAAAUGGCAAUUUUUCUUUGAGGCAACAGGAGCCACUCUCACCAGACACAGAAAGAGGCUAUCAUUAUUCUAUGCAUUACAAUAGUCUUCAUGGCUCACGUCCGUCUGCUCCUCAUACUCUGGCUUACGGCCCAUCGGGAGCGCGCAGCGGUAGCACGCACUCAGAAAACGUCCCACCGUUUCACGAUGUGCAUGUGCACCAUGAUAGGGUGCCUGCAUACGAGGAACUGAAUACCUUCUUCCACAAUUAGAUGUUUUAUGAUAAUGGCUAAAAUGGCUAAAAACACACAUUCAUCACAUUUUUUUACUUUUUCCGAAUCCAGGUGUUAUGGGUUCACACAUUUUUAACAGUAUGGGACAGUAAUCUCUAUUUUACUAUAAUUCCAUUAUGGACCUUAAGUGAUUAAAAUGUGUCAUCUUUAACAUGAAUUCAACUGCUUUAUCGAAAUAUUAUACCAGGUCAAACGUUUAAACCAUUAUGAGUCUGUAAUAAGACACAAUUGUAUGUCGGAGACUGUUUCCUGAUAACAUUAAUAAAGACUAUGGUUCGAGAAUCACCAGAGGCUUCGAUUUCUCUUUGAGAAUUGGUCAGACAAAAAAUUCAAGAAUAGUUAAAUCAAUUCACGACAAAGGAGCAUCAGUACAAAGUCUAAAUUGAGUAAAAAGCAAAAUAAUAAUCAUAUUAUUAAUAUAAUAUUUUUUCUAUAUUCCAAAAUAGAAUUAAAAUACAUUUUAAAAUAGGGAAUUAGGAAUAUUUUUUCUUAUUGUUUUUAAAGUUAUUGAUAUAUUUGAAGAUUAAACAUUGCAUUUGCAUUUAGCAGACGCUUUUAACCAAAGCAAUUUACUAUAACUAUAGUGAAAUCUGAUGUGAUGUCUAUUAAAAUUUGUACAGCCUUGUGGCAUUCGGUUGGUUAGGAAUUUCGUCUUACAUCUACUUUUAGGCAUGUGUCAUUAUUUUAAAAAUUUAAGAAUCGAUUUUCAUUUUGUUUUUAAGAUGAUGCAUGAGCGAAACCAACCGGAUUUGUUUCUGCUGUUUUGAUGUUGAUAUGAAAUAUAUUGUUCCUAGUACAAUUACAUUUUUUAAUUGUGAACAACAUUUUGUUUAUUUGAUUAUUUAAUCAUUAGCCUAAAUGAAAUGAAAUUAAAUAUUUUAUAUCUUAGCCCUAACAUCUAAAAGUUUCUCAAACAUUUAAAAUCGACAAAUUCAAAGUCUUGUGCAUUUGUCUGAAACGUAAAAUUCCGCAGUGACUUAAAUACGGAAAGUUAAUAAAAUCUUUAAAAAAUGUGUCAAAUUAUUAGCCUACCAAUCAAACUGCAGUUGGGCUGUUUUGAUUAAGUAAUAAUAACAAAAAUACAGCUAACUAACACAAUAAAACACGACAACAUAAUAAAAACAUGAUUUGAUGAUCUGAUUUUGCAAAUAAACUUCAUUUACAGAAACACAUCGCUGUAGAUAUGGACAGACUGCGAAACAUAGAGGCUCAAAUAGUAAGAUCAUUAUGUAAAGAACGCAUAAAUAAGUGGCCUUGUGCAACACCAAUGAUUAAAGUACGUUGUUGCGCAAGAAGGCGUUUAGAGUUUCACAGUUUAACAUUUUAUUAAACAUAGAGUUACUGUAGACUUUUGCCUCCGUGCCGGGUUUGGAGCUCUGCCCCGGAUCCCAUAUGUUUUACAGAAUUGUCUGAAAUGGGAUUAGAGGAGAACGGACAAACCACCGUGGGGCAACACUCAUAAUGGGCGACCAGACCUUGGUCGUAUGCUCAGAAUUAUUCAGUGUUCGAUGCUUAAUUCUGGACCUUUAAAUAUGAUUCCCUAAAAAGAAAUUUUAUGCAUUUGGCAAAUUAUAAUGACAUCACUCAUGUGUCAUAUUUUUUGUUAACAGCAUACCAGUGCUGUGAAACAGACCCGUAUAGCGAAUACUGAAACAUAUAAUAAUAAUAAUAAUAUAUAUAAUAAUUAGUAGUAGUAGCAGUAGUAGUAGUAGUAAUAUUGCAUGCAAUUUUUAUCCAGUUUUAUUCAUUUUAAUAGGCAAACUUACCAUUUCAUAAAUAAAUGAACUAAUUCGCAAUAGCUAAGCUUUUUGAUCUACACGAAUCCUCUUACAUUUAUAUGGCAUAAACAAAAUAUUUCGAUUUAAUCCUGAUUUUUGUCAAAAGAUGUGAGGUUAAUGUUCUGGUGCCAUCCAGAGAAAUAUGUAGAAAUACGUUUUUUGUUUGUUGUUAUUUUAUUAUUCAGUUUUGAAACAAACUACCUAUGUUAAUGUUUAUGUAUUAUUACCAUAAAUAGCACUGCUUUCAUUUACAUGCAAUUAUUGGAUCGUUAUAUAAUUGUUAAAAAAUAUUGCCAAAAGGCCAGUGCAAGAAUGUUGUUAUACCGUUCUGUUUUAACUGGAAAGUGAUAAGAAGCUGUUGGAUCACAUUCACACUAUAAAAUACUUUAUCUGUUUAUUUAUUUGUUUGUUUGUUUGUUUAUUUCCCAUUAAAAUACUUUUUUCUCUG